GUACCAUGUAUCAGUAUUAGCUUCAAUCCUCCGGCGCAAUUGGUGGAGGAUGGCAGGCAAGGAAGUGGAGCAGGUGGUGGCAUAUCUGGAGGUAUGGGAGAGAACAAGCAAUGGCCAAGUACACCAGAGUCGUAUCCUCAUCAAGAGGUAUGAUGACUUCUAUCUCGGUCGAAGCCCUAAAUGUCGCCACCAUUGGGCAGAUCCAAGCAUCUCCAACAAGCAUCUUCGCAUUCAUUGUCUCAUCUGGGAUGAAAACGAAGCCAUCAGUCCGCUCGUGUAUGCAACGGAUAUGUCGACGAAUGGUACAAUCUUAACGCCAAGCUAUACCGCCUGUCAGAAGGUCCCAUCUUCUACUUCAAGCAAGAUCCGCCUGACCCGCAAAUCGGGCGCCUAUCUACUGGAUGUUGACGACGAGCUUCAAAUUUCUGCUAACGUAUCGCUGGUCUAUCGUACUCGAGCUGAUGAGGAGUUCUGCGUUCUGGAAGACGUACAAGAGCGCGAAUCACAGCUUUUCAGCUCACGCUAUACGAUUACCAACCGAACUCUAGGCCAUGGAGGUGGUGGCGUGGUCUUUGUAGCGUUACAUCGAAAGACGAAUUGUCAAUUGGCUUGCAAGAUUGUUAACCUCAGCGGGGUUCUGAAUGCUUCAAAUCUGCGCAAUGUCAUUGAACCGUCUGAUAAUGUCGGCCCGACUCCUCCGCCUACCAUCGGCCAGGCCUCGAGCACAAAAGGACGCCCUAUUCCUCACGAUUGGUUCGAGAAAGUUAAGAAAGCCUUGAGAGAAUUCGACAUUGUCAAGGACUUGCGCCAUCCGAACAUCAUUACAAUCGAGAAGGUCUUCUGGAGUAUGCAUAGCUUAUACAUCUUCCAGGAGCUUAUCCCCGGAGGUGAUCUGCAUUCAUACAUCGGCGCCAAAGGCUGCCUGUCGGACCCGGAAACGGCAGUCAUUACUCGCCAGAUCCUGAAAGCAGUGGAAUAUCUGCAUGACCGUGGUAUCGUACAUCGCGAUCUAAAACCCGACAACAUCCUCAUGACUUCGCUUGAUGAAUCCGCUCGAAUCAUCGUCACUGACUUCGGCGGCGCUCGGACUAUGCCCCCUCCAAUGGAAGGGAAAGGCCCGGGAAAGGAGAGGGGUCGGAUGUUUUCGAAGAUGGGAACUCUGGAAUUUGCUGCUCCCGAAAUAUUCAAGCAAAACAGGACCAUUCCUCGUGACCAAGGUUAUUCCGCCAGCGUAGAUAUGUGGUCCGUAGGCUGCAUUGUGGCAGCUCUGCUUUCUGGACAGAACUUGUUUGCAGGGAGCAAUCACGAUGACCGCAGUGGGAUUGUGCAACUUUUGUCCAACUGCAAUCUUACCAUCAUGGACACUGGCGAAGUCUGGAAGCAUGUCGGCCACAGGCCCAAGGAUUUCAUCAGAAAGCUUCUUGUCCUCCAUGAGGACCGACGCAUGACCGCCACUCAAGCAUUAGCACAUCCAUGGUUCACAAACGAACACCACGCUGCCGCAUUCGAAGCAUUGUAUGAAAACGCGAUCCGAGACUGGCAACCGCCACGGAAGGUAUUCAAGAUGGUGGAGCGGCUUGUUCCAGAGGUCACUUCGCAUCUCGGGAACAACGGAUUACCGAAGACCUUUCUCUCCAGUUCUAUUGUCUCCAAAUUUUUUGCUGCGCCUUCUAACUCUAACAACCAGUCGUCAUACAACUCACUAAACGUCUCGCAAGGUAAACGCGCUAACACUCCACUGCCAACAAUCACCGAAGAGCACGAGAUAGAGCGCCAGGGGUCUUCGGUCUCUGUUCGACAAUCAUCGAAUCCUUCGGUCUUUGCAUCCAUGAACCAACUCAACAUAGCUUUGGUAGGAUUCGCCCCCGCUGAAACUCAGGCCAAUGUACCAGACUCCGAGGAAGCAUACACCUAUGUGGACAUGGAUGACACCGAUUUCGACUACGGUAGGCAACUGCAGACUCACGACUCCGACUCCUUUCCAGUGAGUCCACUAGACGCCCAGAUACCGGAUUCGAUACCGGAAACCCCUCCGGAUGCCGCAAUUCCAGAUUCUAUUCCAGAGACUCCCGUCCGAGGCUCCAAACGUCGCGCGUCCUCGUUAUACGGAGGUGCAAUUGGCCUAAACUUUGAAUCGCAGCGUUCAAAUGGGUCUGUGGAGUUCAUGGCGGAGAAAAAGUUCAAUGACGAGGUAGCGAAGCGGAGGAGAAUCAAAUGAAGCUCUUGUUCGAGCAAUGAAUCACUUUAUACGACUAACAAGUAGAUGCUUAUGCUGUAUUUUAGAUUAUUCCGGCGCCUCCCUGGAUCUGUGGAAAUGCUACUGAUCUACGUGGAUGGCAGAAUAACUGUUCGGGUUUCCUUUCUCUUAUAUCAGCAUAUCUUAGCAUAUUAAUCAUAUAGGUAGAAUAUACGACGCGCAUGACCACUC